GCUAACCUUAGAUAGGUGGUGGCUUUUGUGGGUUUUUAUUGGUUGCCCCCGCAACGGUAGGAGCAAACUUAAAUAACACACAUAAAAGUCAUAAAAGUCGAACUCAGUUUCUGAUUUUCGCUAUUUUUACCUAUUAAUUAGUACAUCCCUCCCAAAUCUUCCAAUAUUCACCAACGAUAUAACUUAUACUUUAAACAACCAACCAGCUUAAGCACACUGACUAUACUUUAGUAGGGUGGCUUGCGACUCUAAAACUAUGGCUGGUCAAGCCCUCGAAGCUCGAUUCGAGCGUAUGUCCGUUAAUGAUGAGAACGACUAUCAAAAACCUAAGUCUGCUGCGACAUCAACCAAGCUGACACAUAGCUCGAGUCGUCCAAAUCUAUUCAAGGUCGCUCUGCAAGCACAGAGCGGAAACACCGUCCCCGCCGUCACCGCCGUCACUCUCCCAUCCCAAGCCGCACAGCGCAAAGGCACUCAGCCCCCCUCGCCCACAAGUAGGAAACCCCUCCCAUCUGCAAGUGCAGCAUCCAAGGCCUCCGACGAACAAGCACAGGCGGACAAAGAGAAGAAGUCAACUUCCUUAAUCGAACAGCCAUAUGGACCCAAACAAUUCCAUCUCGGCAUGUUUGAAAUCGGCCGGCCGCUAGGAAAGGGUAAAUUCGGACGAGUGUACCUGGCGCGGGAGCGGUUAACCGGCUUCAUCUGUGCACUGAAGGUGUUACACAAAAGUGAGCUGCAGCAGGGUCGAGUCGAGAAACAGGUGCGAAGAGAGAUCGAGAUUCAGAGCAACUUAAGGCACCCCAACAUCCUGCAGUUGUUCGGCCACUUCCACGAUAGCAAGCGUGUCUUUCUGAUCCUGGAGUUUGCCGGCAAGGGCGAGCUGUACAAGCACCUGAGGCGCGAGAACCGCUUCCCGGAGUGGAAGGCAUCUCAGUAUAUCGCGCAGAUGGCCAGUGCCCUAAGGUACCUUCACCGCAAGCACGUCAUCCACCGGGACAUAAAGCCCGAAAAUAUUCUCGUGGGUAUCCACGGCGAGAUCAAGAUAUCAGAUUUCGGCUGGAGCGUCCAUGCCCCAAAUAGUAGGCGGCAGACCAUGUGUGGAACCUUAGACUAUCUCCCACCAGAGAUGAUCAAGCUUGGCGGCUCAGAUAACUACUAUAAUGAAAAGGUGGAUCUCUGGAGUUUAGGGGUGUUGACAUACGAGUUCUUGGUGGGCGAGGCACCGUUUGAAGAUACACCUGUGAUGACGCAGAGGAGGAUUGCCAAAGCUGACAUGACUAUUCCGUCCUUUGUGAGCCCUGAAGCUAAAGACUUAAUUAAAAGGUUACUAGUUCUAGAUCCCGAUAAGAGGAUACCUCUAGAGCAGGUCCAAACACACCCUUGGAUCGCAAAACACUGCAUCAAGGGCGAGCGGGCAGCAAAUAGGGAAACAGCAAAUAGGGAAAAGUCGAAGUCGGAAAGCAAACCAUGAACUCGUGGACAUAGGACUUUGGCGACUCUUUGCGUUGCAUGCAUAUACAUAUGAGAGUGUAGGCGUUAAGGGAUAACUAGCAUACAUCUGGAUUACGGGGUGGACGGACAUAUUUGCUUUAAUCAGUACUCCGUAAAAUAAAACCAUUGCCAUGCUGUUCCAAGCAAAAACAAAACAAAACAGAACAAAACAAAACAA